UUCCUUGAAUCACAGCUGCUCACAGAAGGCAAUCUUGGCACCUCCUUCCCUACCAAAGGGUAGCUCACACGGCUGGAAGUAAAACUCAGAGAAGAGAAUUGCAGAAGGAGAAUGGUGAUGGGCCUAAUCCCAAACUUUUCCGUGGAAAGCUGGAUUCUUCUGGGAAUCAGCCUUGUGCUUCUCUAUCUGUAUGGGACCUAUUCACACGGACUAUUUAAGAAGCUGGGAAUUCCAGGGCCAAGGCCUCUGCCUUUUUUGGGAACUGUUCUUAAUUAUCGCCGGGGUUUUGUUGAAUUUGAUGGAGAAUGUUAUAAAAAGUAUGGAAAAAUGUGGGGGCUCUAUGAUGGUCGAGAGCCUGUUUUGACUAUUAUGGACACAAAUAUGAUCAAAACAGUGUUCGUCAAAGAAUGUUAUUCUUUCUUCACCAACCGACGGGCUCUUGGUCCAGCGGGAUUUAUGAAAUCAUCCAUCUCCUUGUCUGAAGAUGAAGAGUGGAAGAGAAUUAGGUCACUGCUGUCUCCAACCUUCACCAGUGGAAAACUCAAGGAGGUAAUUCCCAUCAUUCGCCGGUAUGGAGAUAUGUUGGUGAAAAACAUGAGACAGCUAUAGAAAAGCAAGCCUAUCAACUUGAAAGACAUCUUUGGGGCCUACAGCAUGGAUGUGAUCACUGCAACAUCAUUUGGAGUGAAUAUCGAUUCCCUCAACAACCCACAAGAUCCCUUUGUGGAAAAAGUCAAGAAGCUCUUAAAAUUUGAUUUUUUUGACCCUUUGCUCUUCUCAGUAGUACUCUUUCCAUUCCUUACUCCGAUUUUUGAGGUAUUAAGUAUCUCCGUGUUUCCAAAAGAUGUUACAAACUUUUUAAAGAAAGCUGUAAGCAGAAUGAAAGAAAGUCGCCUCCAAGAGAAACAGAAGCAUCGGGUGGAUUUUCUGCAGCUUAUGAUAAAUUCCCAGAAUUCCAAAGACGUGAACUCUCAUAAAAAGCUGCUACCUGCCCUGACUGAUCUGGAGCUUGUGGCCCAAUCAGUUAUGUUCAUUUUUGCUGGCUAUGAGACCACAAGCAGUGCUCUUUCCUUCCUUAUGUACGGACUGGCCACUAACCCUGAUGUCCAGACAAAACUGCAGCAGGAGAUUGAUGAGGCUUUGCCCAAUAAGGCACCUGCUACUUAUGAUACCCUGGUACAGAUGGAGUACCUGGAUAUGGUGGUGAAUGAAAUGCUCAGGUUAUACCCAAUUGCUGGCAGACUUGAGAGGAUCUGUAAGAAAGAUGUUGAAAUCAAUGGAGUAUUCAUUCCUCAGGGGACAAUUGUGAUGGUACCAAGCUUUGUUCUUCAUCGAGACCCACAAUACUGGCCAGAGCCUGAGGCAUUCCGCCCUGAAAGGUUCAGUAAGAAGAACAAGGACAACAUCGAUCCUUACAUAUACAUGCCCUUUGGAAUUGGACCCCGGAACUGCAUUGGCAUGAGGUUUGCUCUCAUGAACCUGAAACUUGCUCUUGUCAAAGUAAUGCAAAACUUCUCCUUCCAACCUUGUCAGGAAACACAGAUUCCCCUGAAAUUUAGCAAGCAAGGACUUCUUCAACCUGAACGUCCCAUUGUUCUGAAGGCUGUGUGCAGAGAUGGGAUCAUAAGUGGAGCCUGAACUUCCCUAGGGAUUUCUGCUUUGUUCUCCUUGGAGAAUGGGACCCAGAACAGAGAACAAUUUACUUUGUGAAGAAAACUCAAAAUUAAGAUAGGCUUCGUUUCCUCAACUGAUGAAAGAUUAGAGAAGCUUCACUGAGCUUGCUCAGUGUCUGUGCAGAGUAUUAUCUAUCGUGUGAAAGGAGAUGACCACCUCAGUGCCAGAUGUGAAGACUCAGUCUCUCUGGUUCUAAUGGGAUUUCUCCACUCAGCACUAGUUAGUACUGGCAGCUCUUCCUGAGCUCUGAUUGGAGAAUAAACAAUUAUCACCAAAUUUAUCAACAAUUUUUAAUGAAAAUGAGGAUUAUUAUGGUGGCUUUUGUAGUGACAUUGUUAUACCAUGUGUUCUUUGAAAUAUGCUGUGAUAAGUUUUGUAAUGAAAAAGUCAAUAAACAUCUCCUUAUAAAGUU